UGGCUUAACAAUUUGAUUUUAUUAGUCGAAGAAAUACCUCGAAAUCAUUAUUAUCAAGAGUAUCCAAAAAAGGACAUGUCCACAACACGGGUUGGCAUUAGGGAUGCUGCGGAGACCCUCAGUCGAAUAGCUAUAGCAAAUGCAGGUUCAGCCGCUGGCGACUAUCGAGACCCAUCUUGGAUGUGGCCUCCACCAUUACAUCAACCCUACUGUAGGCUCCAUUUCCUCAAAGAGUGUUCACUUUACCAUUUGAAGGAGAACGAGAGCUUCAAGCGUAUGAUUGAAACAUGCACUACCAACCAUGACAAGCCUAGAAAGUGGCCCGCUGCACCAACACGAAUUCAACCGGCAAGACGAGCUCGUGAAAAAACUUGGAAAGAUCAGUCGGGGAUACAGGCGGAAAGCCGGAAUUCUAGUCCAUCACGAGGGGAUAAGUCCGACCGCUCACCUACCACCCUCGAGACCUGGUGUCAGCAGUUGCAACUUCAUCUUCCCUGGCCGAUUUACAAGACUAGGAUAGAGGCUCAGAUCGAGAGGCAUUCGAACGGAAUUAUUCGAGGCGACCAACCAGAAAGUAGCCAAGAGUUGGGCUUCCAAUGCCGCUACUGUAAAUUCGAUCCCGAAGUCAUCGACUUUCAAGGGUCUGCGCCCAGAAGGUUGGCCCCACCAGCGCCAAUGCACUUUAUCCUGCCAAGUGACAUGAGAGACGCGCAGAUAACGGGAUUCGGAGGCCUCAAAUUCGUAGUUGAUGUAUCUGAUGGAAAGGAGACGAUCGUCUUGCUAAUCAUGGAUAGACUAGAAGAUUUCACUGGUCAUCCGGAGAAAGUAGAACCGGUAGAAGAGUUGAAGUCGGCUAAAGGUAUUAAAUCUAGGAAAAGACGUUCAGUAGUUGAGUCCGCCGAUUCCGAUGAACCAGCUAGUGCGACACCGAAGAAGCGCAGGAGAAGGGGAGGAGAAUGAGGGCGUCUAGUAAAGGAAUAUAGUAUCCUAUAUCUCCAUAAUCACCAACAAUAGAGAAAUAGGCUUGGGUAAAGCUCUCCCUACCUGCCUACCUAUAUAGGUAGAAGGCUAUGAGGCAGAAUAAGUGCCCAUAUCCAGGUCAGUAUUCAUUCGAUAUGAUGAUUUCUUCAAGUUCUCCUCCCUCGUUUGAUGUUAGAUAGCGAGUUGCUCCAGUGUCAAUGCCAUUUAUUAAUUUUCUUUAUUAUGGCCAUGAUUCAUAAGCUAAGGUUGGUGUCAAGCACAGGAAAAAGGAUGCGUAUCGGCUUGGGGCAGUUGGAUCGAAGAGAAUUGACGAUAAGAUGAUGACCGAAUAGCGUUAUGGAGAAAUUGCUUGAUAUAUGAGCGACCUUCCUUCUUGAAUGAUUGUGUGAUUUUAUGUUUGUUUUCGAAAUAUCGGUUUAGUAUGGUUUGAAGUCAGACUCUGGUAAUGUUACAUUGCAGAAGACCGAGGCCAUAACUUAAUAACGUAUGGUUAGAGAGUCAAAAAGGGUGUAGAAGGGUCGGUCAAAGAUCACAAGGUUUCGUUUGCGUGCGAUGGCGUGCGAUCGCCAAGCAUCCACAAGAACCUCACGAAAACCCAGCCGCCUACAGUCUACAUAUACGU